AUGGGGGUGGUGGAAACUGUGGUGGAUGCUGCGACCGGAUGGCUGGUGGAGAGCAUCCUUGGGAGCUUCUUCACUCGACAGAUGGAGGCGUGGGUGCAGGAUGCGGGGCUCGCCGAAGAUGUGGAGAACCUUGAGUCUGAGAUGAGGAAUGUACAGAUGGUGCUUGCUGCAGCCGAGGGAAGAACGAUUGACAACAAGCCACUGGCCUGGUCCCUGGAUGAGCUCAAAGAGCUGCUUUAUGAUGCCGAAGAUGUGAUGGACGAGCUCGACUACUAUCGGCUCCAACAACAGAUCGAACAAGGGAAAGGUUGUACAGAUCCUGCAGAGAGCUCUGUGUCUUCUUCCACUCCAUCUUCUUUUCAACUAGUUGUUAGUUGGUGCUCACGUGACAGAAAAAGGAAGAGAGAUGACGAUCCAACUCAUAGCACCAUGCUGCCUCAUGAGAUUAAACUUGACAUUUCUGAGAGCAUCAAGGGGAUAGUGAAUCAUUUACACAAACUUGGCAAUUCUGUGAGGAAGGUUCUUCAGCUAGAGAUUUCACGCCCCGUUCCAGUGGCAAAGCAGGGUCAGUAUGUGGCCAGAAACACACGCCUGACAACUUCUGUUCCAAUUGAAGACAAGGUAUACGGAAGGGAUGUAGAGAGGGAUAAGAUAAUAGAGUUGUUAAUAAAUGGGAAAUCUAACGAUCUACAUGUUCUGCCUAUAGUUGGCAUCGGUGGUGUUGGGAAGACGACACUUGCAAGAUUUGUUUACGGUGAUCAAAGAAUCAAAGAACAUUUUGAUCUGCGAAUGUGGGUUUGUGUGUCCACUAACUUCGACACAAUGAGACUAACACGGGAGAUCUUGGAGCAUGUAUGUACAGAUAGACAACAGUUCGAAAAAAUCACCAACUUCAAUGUGCUGCAGGAUAUCCUUCUGAAGAAUAUUGAAAAUAAAAGAUUCCUGCUUGUAUUUGAUGACAUGUGGGAGGAAAAUGACAGGGGCGGAUGGAUUAGCCUGUUAGCUCCACUAAAACACAAUCAUGUACCUGGCUGCAUGAUUUUAGCAACUACUCGAAGACCAUCAGUUGCGAAAAUGAUAGGAACAAUGGAUCCGGUCCAAGUGAAUGGUCUGGACGAAAAGGAGUUUUGGCAGUUCUUCAAGGCAUGUGCAUUUGGCAAUGAAAGCCAUGAGGGCCAUCCUACUUUGCAGUCCAUUGGGCAGCAGAUUGUUAAAUCACUAAAGGGUAUUCCACUAGCUGCACGUAGUGUCGGUGCACUUUUGAACAUAAAUGUUACCUACGAGCACUGGAGGACAGUUCAAAACAAAUGGAAAUCUCUUCAAGAAGAUAUUGAUGGUAUUUUACCUAUGUUGAAGCUCAGUUAUGAUUUUUUACCGGUCCACCUGCAGCAGUGUUUCAAAUACUGCUCUCUGUUUCCAGAGGACUAUAGAUUUAAUGGCGAAAAUUUGGUCCAUGCUUGGAUAUCACAAAAUUUUGUGCAGUGCCAAGACCCUACCAAGAGAUUGGAGGAAACAGGGAUGCAAUAUUUGGAUAACUUAGUGGAUUUUGGCUUUUUCCAAAAGGUUGACUCAGACUAUGUCAUGCAUGACCUAAUGCAUGAAUUGGCUCAGAAGGCUUCGUUAAAUGAGUGUGCUGCUAUAAAUGGAUCCAACUCUAGGGUUAUUCAACCAAGUGUUCGCCAUUUGUCAAUCAUAACUACUGCUUAUGAUAAAGAUGGACAUUGCAGUAUCCCCUGUGACAAGUUUCAGAACAUACUAGAGAAUAUUGGGUUUUCGAAAAAAUUGAGGACCUUGAUGGUUUUUGGCCGAAGCAGCAUACAUUUAUUAAGGUUCCUACACAUUUUAUGCAUGAAGUCAAAAAGUUUACGAGUCGUGAGGAUUUAUGUUCCGCAUAAUGAUGUCAGCAGUACAUCUGAUUUGUUAAAUCCAUAUCAUCUUCGCUAUCUUGAAUUUAUCGGUGUGUUCUCCAACACAAAUAUUAGGACAAAUUUAGACCUUAAGAAGAAUAUUGUUCCUUCUCAAGCUUUGACAAAAUUUUAUCACCUUCAGUUCUUCAACGUCGGCGUUGGAUGCAUUUUUUCUGUACCUACUAGUAUGAAUAAUCUCAUUAAUUUACGGAAUAUUGUUGCCCAUGAGAAAGUGCACUCAGAAAUCGCUGGUGUAGGGAAGCUGACCGCUCUUCAGGGAAUAAAAUUCAAGGUUCGAAUUGUUGGUGAAUUUGAGAUAAAACAACUUCGAUCCAUGAACAAACUUGUAACUCUUGAAAUUUCUCAACUUGAAAAUGUGAAGACCAAAGAACAGGCCAGCGGAGCUAGGCUGAUAGACAAAGAGUAUCUGCAAGAGCUGUCCUUGUCAUGGAACGAUAUCAGCGUGGGCCUUGAUCCUUGUUCAGCUAGGAGAACAGAAGAUGUGCUUGAGGGUCUUCAACCUCAUGAGAACCUCAAAAGUCUACAUAUAUCUGGGUACAGCGGUGCUAACUUACCAACCUGGCUUGCCAGUAAUGUGUCAGUUAAGAUGCUGCGGAUACUUCAUUUAGAGAAGUGCUGGGAAUGGCAAAUUCUUCGUCUCGAAAUGCUUCCGUUCCUUAGGAAGCUAAAACUGAUCAGGAUGUGGAAGUUGACAGAAAUUUCAAUUCCUUCCUUGGAAGAGUUGAUCUUGAUUGAGAUGCCAAUAUUGGAAAAAUGUCUUGGUACUUAUGGGAAGGAAUUAACCUCUGAUCUAAGGGUAAUGAUGAUCAAGGGCUGCCCCCAACUGAACGAGUUCACUCUUUUCCAGAGUUACUUUCUUUUCCAAGUUGAGCAGCAGUCAUGGUUUUCGUCUCUCAGGAAACUCACCAUCUGCUAUUGUCCUCAUAUAAUCAAUUGGGAAAUCCUUCCACUGGGAGGAGUGAGGGCACUCAAGGAGCUGAAGUUAGUGGACCUGCAUCUUGUGAGAGAGUUGUCAGUUCCUUCUCUGGAGAAGUUGGAGUUGAUAAAAAUGCCAAGCCUGGAAAGAUGCAGUGGGCUGAUGGCUCUUCCAUCUUCACUUUCACAAGAAAAGCAGGAGGUGUGUCUAUCUAAUCUCCACAAACUCAUCAUCCAUGAUUGCCCUAGUCUGAUGAUCUCUCAUCCUCUUCCACCUUCUGCUAAUAUACGGAAAAUUUCCAUCAAAGGAAAACUAUCAAUAAAUAUAGAUGGCAAAUCGUUCAAUAUAAAAUCCAAUGACUUGAGUGUGUUGGAUUACCAGAUCUUAGCAUUCCAUAAUCUUAGGGGCAUGAGAUGGUUGGACAUAUGGAAUUGUCCAAAUUUGAUUUCUAUUUCAAGUGAAGGUUUCAGCCAGCUCACCGGUUUAGUGUCUCUGAGUAUACGCAAUUGCUCUAACUUGUUCAAGCCACCCAUCCUGUUAGAGGCUGCCUCGGAAAACAGUUCAUUUGGAAACAUCCCCACCCUCCCAUCUCUCAAACAUCUUGAUAUUUCUUCUUCCGGCAUACCAGGGGGGUGGUUGACUAACAUGCUUCCUCAUUUGCGGUCCCUUGAGAAAUUGAGCUUACGUGACUGUCCACAGAUAAAAUGGUUAUGGAUCAGUCAACCUACUGAAAUGGAAGGAAGCAACAGUUUGGCUUCAGCAGUGACGUUGUCAGCAGAAGACCAAAUACUGAAAGUGCCAUCUAACAUCCUCUGUUCUCUAAAGCAGCUAACUAUUUAUGGAUGUGUAGAUCUGGAGUUUUAUGGUGGCAAGAGAGGCUUUGGAGGAUUCACCUCUCUUGAGGUGCUAGAUAUCUAUGAUUGCCCAAAGCUGGGUCCAUUUUUAGCAAGCGGCACUAAAGACGAUGAUACUCGUAACGUGGAUGUUGGAUUACUCCCGUCAUCACUUGAAGUGCUUUCUCUUAGUCAUCUCCCAGAAAACUUGCAGUCCCACUUCCCUAAAGGCUUGACCUACCUCAGAUACUUGAGCCUCAUGGAUAGCCCAUAUUUGAAGUGUGUACAGCUCCAUUCGUGCAUGGCCUUGGAGGAGCUUCGAAUUUUGAGGUGUGAACAGCUGGGUGCAUUGGAGGGUUUGCAAUUCCUCACCUCUCUUCAAAGGUUGACAAUUUCGAGGUGUCAACACCUGGGUGCAUUGGAGGGCUUGCAGUUCCUCAGCUGUCUUCGAAGCUUGGAAAUCGAGAUGAAUCCUAAGCUACAGGACCAGGAACAGGGUGGAAAUCAGAUUGAACUGCUUCCUCCAUCAAUUGACAGACUUGAGAUCUCAAAUCUCACAAACAAUGUCCAGUCCGGUCUGCUGCCCUGCCUCCCUGCCAUAACCAAAUUGGGGAUAUGGGGAAGUCCAGAAUUGACAUCUCUACAGCUUGGAUACUGUAAGGCACUUACAGAGUUAAGCAUUAGACAUUGUGAGUCGCUUGCUUCUCUACAGCUGGGAUACUGCAUGGAGCUGACAGAGUUAGAAAUUAUAGAUUGUGAGUCGCUUGCUUUAAUCGAGGGACUCCAGUCCAUUCCAAAUCUGAUGUCCUUCAUAGUAGCUGCCUCCUCCGGCUUACCUCCAUGGAUGGAGCUUUUGUUGCAACAGAAAGGGACCUGUGAGAUCUGGUUUCGACUGAAAAGACUUGAGAUUAUUGGGGACGCCUCUGUCCUUACCAUGUCCCUCUGCAAACAGCUCACAUCUCUACAAUACCUUGAUUUCUGGGGAAAAAGAAUGAGCCCGAUGGUCACCCUAACAGAAGAACAGGAGAGAGCACUCCAGCUUCUCACCUCCCUCCGAGAGCUCCACUUUGGGGGCUACCCGAACCUCCUGUUACUUCCUGCAGAUCUGCGAAGCCUUGUCUCCCUCAAGUCCCUGAGAAUCUAUUCCUGUCCAAGCAUCUCAGGGCUGCCGGAAAUGCCAGCUUCAUGUGAUCUUUAUGUGCAUGAUUGCAGCGAGGAGCUAGCUCAGCGUUUCAAAGAAUGGGAACUACGGAGAAGGGAGAUGAUUGAUGAUGAGAUUUAUGGGCAUGUUUGGAGCAAGGAGCUAGCUCAGCAAUUGGAAGUAUGGGAACUACGGAGAAUGGAGAUGAUUGUUGAUGAGAUUGUGAAUCAUUAA